AUGGACAGUUCAUUUUUUGAAUAUCGUGAUAAAAGUGGUAUGGAAAGUGAUUCAGACACAGAGAUUAUUGAUAAUAGUGUAUUGGAUGAAUCGUUUGUUCCAAAAACACCGGGGAAAAAAAAUCAGACUGCUUUCGUUCCUGAAUCUGACGAUUCUGUAACUGAAGGUGAAUCAGAGGAAGUACCAGCGCAUCACAAGUUAUCAAAGACAGCCUCUAGACGGAGCAGUGUUCAGAAUCAUAUUGUUUUGAGUAGUGACGAUGAUCAAAGUAAGAGUAGCAUUAGGAGACAGUCAAAUUCGUCUAACAAAGUGGUUGUUAGUUCGUCUGAGGAUGAAGAACAAGCUUCCCCAGAAAUUGUGCCCAGACGUCGUCCAAUAAUCAGAGAUAGCGGUAGAGACUCUGAAUCCUUCAUAGGACCAGUUCGUAAAACUAAGAAAAGAAUGAUGCUCCUAGACUCCGAUACAGAUAAUUCGAUUAUCAUAGAACGUGACAAAAACAGGAAACUGGCCUGUUUGAAAGACACACCAGCUAAAAUAAAAGAUUUAAAGAACACAGUUGUUAAUAUACAAAACAUGAGUAUACAGAGCAAUAGUAGUAUACAAAGCAUUGAUGAAGAACAGGAUAGUGAUGAAUGUGAAGAAAGUGACGAUAAUAGUGAAAAAAGUCUGGAAAAUUGUGAAAAAGUUCAGGCAGAUGAAGAUGAUAAGAAUGAUGAUAAAGUGCAAAGUAAUGACAAAUCUCAUAGUGUAAAGAAUGACGCUGAAACAGAUAGUGAUGAAACUAGUAAUAGAGUAAGCACAGGUGAUGAAGGUCCUGAUGAAGAUCAAAUGUUCAUGUCGCGUGCGACGCGGAUGAGUAUCAUGGGAGUGUUACCGAAGGAGAAUGAGAGUGAUGAUUCUGAUUAUAUACAAGAUGAUGAUGAUGAUACAAAAGAAAUAUCACGGGCUAGUUCCAUAGCCAGUUUGACGGAGCCUCUACAUUUAGAGACUGAUGAUAAUACUUCACAAAAAACUCCAGAACAAGAUAACGAUAACACUUCUAGAAUAUCAUGUUCACCGAUAACAAGUCCUCUCCGAGAGGUCACAAGUAAAAACAAUGAUUUAACAAAAGAUUCAAAUGAAGCCCGCAGGCCAGAAGUAAGCAGUUUUUCUAAACUGGCACCUUAUAGUAUUAAGAUGAAGAUGCUCAAAAACUUGAAAAAGGAAAGCAUAACAUAUAAGGAGAGUAAAAUUGAUGAUGAUACAGAACAAACAUCACGGGCUAGUUCCAUAGCCAGUUUAACGGAGCCUCUACAUCUAGAGACUGAUGAUAAUCAUACUUCACAAAAAACUCCAGAAGAAGAUGAUGAUAACACUUCUAGAAUAUCGUGUUCACCGAUAACAAGUCCUCUCCGAGAGGUCACAAGUGAAAACAAUGAUUUAACAAAAGAUUCAAAUGAAGCCUGCAGGCCAGAAGUAAGCAGUUUUUCUAAACCGGCACCUUAUAGUAUUAAGACGAAGAUGCUCAAAAAUUUGAAAAAGGAAAGCAUAACAUAUAAGGAGAGUAAAAUUGAUGAUGAUGUCACAGUAAUAGAGACGACGCCUGAAAUUAUAGCACUGAGCAGCGACGAUGAGGAUGAGACAAAAGAUGAGAAGAAAUCGCCCAAUACAAAGAAGUCUCCUAAUCUGAAAACCGAAGACACGAAGAAACAAAUCGGCAGUGAUAUAAAGCAAUACCUCCUGCCUCCGAGCUAUCCCAAUCAGGUUGUGUAUGUCAAGAAACAUGUCAGAGAGAAUGAGCUCAACAAACUCAACGGGCUCAGGGAAGAUUUGCAGAACAUCAGGUAUUUGCUGGAAAAUAUGGACGUGGGUACUUUACCGGAUGGGGGGGUGAAGCUUAUUGAGCGGCUCACGGCGCUAGAGGGGGAAGUGCGUCGCCAGGGGGACAAGGUUGCAGCCAUGGUUGUUGAGCCGGAUGAACCAACAGCAGAAGUUAUAGCAAAGGAUGGUUUCGAAAGCGAGAACAGGGGUCUCUCAUGGGAUGAUAUACAGAAGGCCAGCAAUGCUGUCCAGCCGAGGAUGUUUGGCAAACAGGCGAUGGCGACUCACAUGGCGGAGCGCAAUCGCAUCCUCGAGCGCCUGCGCGACCUGCACUCUGCGCUGGACAGCCGGCCGCCCGAACACGAGCACGCGGCCCAGCCGCAAGCCGUGCGCAGCGCGCUCAUGCCCCACCAGCUGCACGCGCUGGCCUGGCUGCGCUGGAGGGAGGAGCAGCGGCCGCGCGGUGGCGUGCUCGCUGACGACAUGGGCCUGGGAAAGACUAUUACAAUGAUAUCCCUGAUCGUGAGUGACAAGGAGAAAAAUCUCGAUCACGAGGACGAAGAGGAUGAGCCAGAAAGAAAUUCGCGAUUGGUGCCGGGUGGCACGCUGGUGGUGUGCCCCGCGUCGCUGCUGGCGCAGUGGGCGGGCGAGGUGGCGACGCACUGCGCGCCGCACGCGCUGGCCGUGCUGGCGCACCACGGCGCCGCGCGGGCCACGCAGCCACGCCGCCUGGCCGCCGCCGACCUCGUCGUCACCACCUACAACAUCCUGCAGCGGGAGAGCGAGAAGGGUGGAGUGCUGACGCGGGUGUUCUGGCGACGAGUGAUCCUAGACGAAGCGCACGUGGUGCGCAACUACAAAUCUGCCACAUCGCAAGCCGUGUGCGCAUUACGGGCCUCACGUCGGUGGGCCCUCACAGGGACACCGCUGCACAACAAGGAUCUUGAUCUCUUCGCGUUGCUCAAGUUCCUGCGAUGCUCGCCCUUCGAUGACCUCGCCUUGUGGAAGAAAUGGAUCGACAACAAGAGCCUGGGCGGGCAGGAGCGCCUCAACACGGUGGUGCGCUGCAUCAUGCUUCGGCGCACCAAGGCGCAGCUCCAGGAGCGCGGCCAGCUGGCCUGUCUGCCGCCGCGCACCGAGCACAGCACCGACGUCACGCUGCACAAGGACGAGAUGAACGUCUACCAGAAGUUACUAGUAUUCUCGAAGACGCUGUUCGCCCAGUUCUUACACCAGCGCACGGAGAGACUAGCAGAUACGCAGGGCUUCUUGUCUAAAGGAAAAAACAGCGAAUAUGAGAAGAUGCAUAAGAAGAUGGUUGCACUAAAAGGCGUAAAGCCAGUGAAGUCCCACGAGAUCCUGGUGCUACUUCUCCGGCUACGGCAAGUGUGCGGUCACUGUGGCCUCAUCGCCAGUAUGCUGGACCCUGAUGACACACCUGUGGACGAGGAUCUGGGAAGUCAGGAUCUACUGGCCGAGCUCAACAAGCUAACUUUGAACGAUCAGCGUUCGCGAAGGAAGAGUGGGGAAAAGGAGAAAGAGGACGAGCUGGAGCUGGAGCCGGGGGAGGGCAGCACCGCGGCGGAGGCGAUCCGCUCCGUGCUGUCGGUCAACAACCCCGUGUUCGAGCUGGCGCGCCCGUCCGCCAAGAUCCGCGCCGUGAUGGACUGCCUCCGGGAACACGUCUUUCCCAACAAGGGGGAGAAGGCAGUGGUGGUGUCCCAGUGGACGUCGGUGCUGUCACUAGUGGAGCGCGAGCUGAAGAGUGCAAAGGUGCGCUGUGUGACGCUGAGCGGCCGCGUGCCCGUGCCGGCGCGCGCGCCGCUCAUCGCCACGCUUAAUGACGCGCACUCCGAUGUGAGGGUCAUGCUACUAUCGUUGUGUGCGGGUGGCGUGGGUCUGAACCUGGUGGGAGCCAACCACCUGCUGCUGCUGGACCCGCACUGGAACCCGCAGCUGGAGCAGCAGGCACAAGACCGUAUAUUCCGUGUCGGGCAGACCAAGCACGUGCACAUCUACAGAUUUACAUGUCUGGACACAGUCGAGCAGUCAAUCAGACAGCUUCAGAAGGCAAAGCUGGAGCUAGCGGAAAACGUGCUAACGGGGGCAAAGAAUACAAACGCCUCGAAACUCACCAUCGAAGAUCUGAAGUUACUCUUCAAUAUGGGCACCAAUCCCUCCUCGUAAUAUAGAUAAUACCAAUGUUAAUAGAAAACUACCAUAGUCUAUGUAAUAUGCUGAAUCGACAUUUAAUAUGACGUCACAACUAUGUAAAGUUUAAAAAAGUUUGGCAGUUAAAUACGUGAAGGCAAUUCUUACUAUAACCUGUUUUUAAAUUUGUAGUAUAGUCUAUUCGCAUUAAGAAAAUAGUCCAAUAUCGACGUCACUUAGCUUAGCCACGCCCCUUGACCAAAAAAAUGUAAUAAAUUGCAAAGUCUGUCUGACUGUUGUACUUUAAUUGGUCAAUUUGAACCCAAGUUCUUAUUAACUACGAUUUAAAUGGUGCGACAGCGUUGACUUACUUUUUUCUUAACGCGAUUAUUUUAUCGACGGAGAAUAUUUUUUGGUUUUAAUUGUACUUUGAAAGAACAAAUUAAAUUGAAUAUUACUUUUUUUUAUUAUGUACGUUUUUUCGACAGGUUAUUAUUCUUUUAGGACUUGAGAAGUUUCAAAUAAUUUUAGAAGUAUUUUGUGUUUGACUAAACCCUUAAGGCAAUUUGCAAAAAUAUUUUUAAGUCAACUUUUUUUCUUACUUGACAGGAGGACAAAAAAUUUUGAAACAGAUUUGAAUAAUAUUUCUUCGUAUUAUUUUAAAUUUAGGAGGUUCCUGUUAUAUCGAUUUUAAUGAUUAACAAUUAAUGAUGUGAUCAAUAAUUAUAGUAGAUAUAGAUUAGUUAUGUAAACGUUUUAUUGAAUUUUGUAUACUUUUUAUAAAUAAAUGAUUAUUUGUUUAUA